AUAACGGGGAGGAAGCUGAGGCAACCCCCCGCUCCCCACCCACCCAGUGCCUGCAGCUCUACGCCCCAGGGCUGUCGCCAGACACUAUCAUGGAGUGUGCAACGGGGGACCGCGGCAUGCAGCUCAUGCACGCCAAUGCCCAGCGGACAGACGCUCUUCAGCCACCGCACAAAUAUGUGCCCUGGGUCACCGUCAAUGGGAAACCCUUGGAAGAUCAGAGCCAGCUCCUGACCCUCGUCUGCCAGUUGUACCAGGGCAAGAAGCCAGAUAUCUGCCCUCCCUCAGCCCGCUCCCUCAGGGGUGUCUGCUUCAAGUGAUGGCCGGUGCGCUGUGGAGAGCUGAUGGAAGGCAAGCGGGAACCCGGCUUCCUGCCUUUUUUUCUAAUCCGGACCCUCGGCACCUGCUUCUCACCAACCAGAAAAUUUCUAUGCAUCCCAUGAAGACCAGAAACACAAAAUUCCACCUCAUAAUCACGAAUCUUGCUCCACUAAGAAUGGUGCUAAAGUAAAACUAGUUUCAUAAACCUUU